AUGGUGGAGCUAAGCGAGACCACCUUAAUGCAACUCAGUGCAAUUCCCAUUUUAUACUUCCCGCUCGAAGUAGGUGCGGUCAGUGCUGGUAGAGUAGGUGCGGUCAGUGCUGGUAGAGUAGGUGCGGUCAGUGCUGGUAGAGUAGGUGCGGUCAGUGCUGGUAGAGUAGGUGCGGUCAGUGCUGGUAGAGUAGGUGCGGUCAGUGCUGGUAGAGUAGGUGACAGUCAGUGCUGGUAG